GCAUCGUGCGCCACCGCGAAGCGAUCAUGACGUAUUCCGAGCGCGUGCUGACGAGCAUCCAAUUCACGUACAGAAGUAAUAACGAUUACAGUCUUCAGCUUACCCGCUGGUUCCUCACGCCGAUCGCAGCCUGGCCGCGCGCUACCACGUCGACGACGGUGGAGAGGGUCUCACUGCAGGCGCACGUUCUCGCCUGCUCGUCCCUGAUAGCGAUCGUCAUGGUGCCGUGUAUGCUGUACGUGUCGCUGGAGGAGAAGGACGUUCAGAUGAAGCUGAGCGCGAUGGGUCCGCUGAGCCACUGGAUCAUGGGUACGAUUAACUACUGGCUGCUCCUCACGCGCAGCGACGACAUCCGCGAGUGCGUGCAGCACAUGGAGACGGACUGGCGGCUGGUGCGCAGGACCGACGAUCAGAACGUGAUGCUGCGGUACGCGAAGAUCGGCCGCUUCGUCGCCGGAUUCUGCGCGGUGUUUAUGCAGAGCGGCACGUUCCUCUUCACCGUGGCCAAGGCGAUGACGACCAUGGCCGUCGUCGUCGGCAACGAAACCGUGUUGAUGCACCCGAUGACCUGUCCGAUAUACAGCAAGUUCAUCGACACGAGAUUCAGCCCCGCGAACGAGAUCAUGCUGGCUGUGGAGUUGCUGUCGUGCUUCAUAGUGAACUCGAUCACGGUGGGCGCGUGCAGCCUCGCCGCGGUUUUCGCGAUGCACGCUUACGGCCAGCUGAGCAUGCUGUUCUCGUGGCUGAACGAUCUCGUCGAGAACGAGGAAAAGGGAAACCGUUUUGCCGAGAAGAAGCUGGCCACGAUUGUGGAGCAUCAUUUAAGAGUGCUGAGUUUUAUAUCGCGUAUGGAGAAUAUCAUGCAAAACAUCUGUCUUGUGGAAUUGGUGGGAUGCACGAUGAAUAUGUGUUUACUUGCAUAUUAUUCUAUUACGAACUGGAGUGACUUUGAUGCAGCAAGAAUAACAUCGUAUAUUAUCGUAUACUUAUCUAUGGCUUUCAAUAUUUUUAUAUUUUGUUACAUCGGUGAGAUUCUCACGGAACAGUGCAAAAAUGUUGGUGAAAAGGCAUACAUGACUAAUUGGUACGAAUUACCGCACAAAACUGCUCUUAGUCUCAUUUUGAUAAUAGUGAGAUCGAGUAACGUUAUCAAAAUUACCGCUGGAAAACUAUUUCAACUGUCUAUCGCAACUUUUGGUGAUGUAAUUAAGACCUCUGUGGUAUAUUUGAAUAUAUUAAGAACGAUGACUCCUGCAACGUGAGCUACGCUAAGUUAGCGAACGUAUGUCAUAAAUAUAUUUUCUAUAGAACAAAUGUGAUAUAAUAGAAAAAUAG